GGGAGUAUUUCCCAUCUAUCCCCGGGUCAAAAAUUAACUAAAACUCCUGCUCCGUUUCCGGGAAUCUGGAUCUGAUCUCUGGUGGAGAGUACAAUUGAUGCCCAAGAUUGAAUGGAACACAAACGAGCUAAAUAAGCAACCCCUAACCGACCGCAGCCCUCCUAUGUGCUAUGUCAAUAGGAAGAUGAGAACCGUUCAGGUAGUACUCGUAAAGUUCCUGCUGUCGCCUCUGCUGAUUCUGGCAGGUGUACAGACAUCGGAAUUCCGCGAUGCCAUGAAGAAAAUGGACAAAAACAUGAAGAUAGCCAUCCAAAUGGGAAACGAGUUGGAGAGAUAUUUUGACCAGGCGACGGGAAGUCCUGGCCAGAAGGUGUUCAACAUCAAGCCGGCCAAGAACGCCUUAAUCCGCUUCAGUUACUCCAAGCCACAAGGCCACCAGGACUCGGAAAGCACCAAUGGCAAGCGGCGCCCGUCAGUAUCCGCCAGCAGCGCCACUAGCAAGCGACGCCAGCAGCCAAAGUACUUCCUGAACUUUAACUUUAAAAACCAUCGAAGGUCUAAGACGGAUGUGGAUCAGCCGUCGACCACCGUUCAGCCAAGGACGGGGCGGGCUCGUCAGAACAGACUUCGCAACGGAAUGCCCAAUCCCUUCAAGUAUUUUCCACUUAAGGGCGAAAAUAUCUAGCAGUGACUAUCAUUUUUAUUUACAAACCAAAAUAUUUACUCGCUGAUAAGAAAAUAUUUGAUCAAUCGAUUAUACCCCGUCCAAAAAAUCCCAA